CGCAAGGCUGACCAAGCACCUGGACUUACCAGCAGAUCCCGUCAUCCUCCGUCCUGUCCCGCGCCGCACCUCACUAGGCACCGACCGAUAGCCGCAUCCCCGAGACACCAGACACUACCACCACCACCACCACCCCUCCUUCGCUCGCGCCCGCUACACACGACGCAAACCAGACCUCCGAGUCCGCGUCGCCCAUCUCAACAACACCUCCAACCGGGCGUCCCCGUACGCCUCUCGCAAAAUUUUGCCUCGACCCCGGAACCCGCAGCAACCAUGGUCGCCAGCCCCGAGACCAUCGAGGCCAUGACGCCUCCCGGCUACUCCUUCCCCGACCACCGUCUCCGCCUCAACCAGUCCGAACCCGACCGCGAGCCCCUCGUCCUCGUCGCCCCCGGCUCCUACUCCCCCAUCACCUUCCUCCACCUGCGCAUGGCCGUCAUGGCCGCCGACUACGUCCGCUACAACACAAACUACGAGCUUGUCGGCUCGUACCUCUCCCCCGUCUCCGACGCCUACAAGAAGCGCGGCCUCGCCCCCGCCUGCCACCGCCGCCGCAUGUGUGAAAUCGCGGCCGAACAGACGUCCAAGUUCCUCAUGGUCGACCCCUGGGAGGCCGAGCAGACGGCCUACGUGCCCACCGCCGUCGUCCUCGACCACUUUGAGCACGAGAUCAACGUCAAGCGCGGCGGCUGCAACGGCAAGCGCGUGCGCAUCGCCGUCCUUGCCGGAGCUGAUCUGAUCAACACCAUGAGCCAGCCCGGCGUGUGGUCGCCCUCCGACCUGCGUCACAUUCUCGGCGAUUUUGGCGCAUUCGUCCUCGAGCGUGCGGGCGUCAACAUCGACGAGGCGCUGACGAAUCUGAAGGAGUGGGAGGACCAGAUCUACUACAUUCCCCAAGUCGUCCCCAACGAUGUGUCGAGUACUAAGAUCCGUCUGUUGUUGAGGAGGAAUAUGAGCAUUGACUACCUCAUCCCCUCCCAAGUUAUCGAAUACAUUGAGGAGCACGGUCUCUACACAGAAGACGACGCGACAACAAAUGAGACCGGCAAGGGCAAGGAGGUAGCCCAAUGA